UGAUCAUCCUGGCUUAGUGCCCGUGACCACUGAGCAGAUACGAUGACUUCCUUUAUUAGCUGUAUACUAUUGGCUUUUGUUGAUAACCAGAGUUCCAUUGGUGCUGCCUGCUACAUUGAGUGCAGCUCAAAAAAUCAGGAGAAUGUGAAGUCAGUUUUUGAAGCAGCGAUCAAGGUGGUCAUCGAGCCUCCCCAAAAGCAGCAUGAGAAGAAGAGAAAACCACGUCGAGGAUGUCUCCUGUUUGUGCACUCUUCCCAUGAUAUCUCAACAGCUUUCCUUCUAGAACUCGUCUGUUCCAGUUUUUCAUGCAUAACGAAUUUGCAGUGCCAAAUCGUUCGGUGCGGAAGGAGGCUAAUUCAUCUAACAUGAAGCCUCAACGGUUGCAAUGGAGGCAAGUAACCAUUUGGCGGGAGGUGAAGGAUUGCACAAUGGCGUAUAAAAUACGGCUGUUCCUUUCUUUCUUUCUUUCCUUUUUUUUUUUGGGUGGUGGUGAUGAAAUUUGGCUGUUCGCGCACGCAUAUAGAUAUGAUGAGUGUUGUACAUGCUAAACAUUGGAGAUCCAAUAUCUUGUAAAGAAGAUUCGAGAGCCAGCUUCUUGUCGGCUAUAGUUAUAUUCAUAUUUCUUGAUCA